UCGCGAAACAUAAGUGAACGGCGCCUCCGUCAAAAGUCCCGGAACGUUCGUCCAGCGCAGACAUGAGACCCGACAGUAGACUCAAACUAAAGUCAGAAUGCUUCGCCAUCAACAGGUUGCAGCUGUUAGAAAACGAAUAUCACACUGCACUCGACGACCUUAAAAAAGAUGAAAUAUCCUUCAGUAUUCUGUCUGACGUUUGCCUACCGGUUUCGCUACUGUUCCUUGUAGUUGUGUGGGGUUACCAACUGAAUGCCAUGACCAUAGAUACUGAUAGUGGAGACAACCACACGAUGUUACUCGUGUAUGGCAUCGGACUCAUUGUGGUCUCGGGUACGGCAUGCGUUUACAUCGCCAUACGAAUGGCAGUCAUGCGACCAGAUAUCGAAGCGACCGCUUUUCUCCAGAGAGAGGUAAUGUUACCUUUAAAUUCCAAACAAAAACGAUCUCAGUGGUUUUACUACCAGACUAUUCCCGAUGUACAUAAGACUGGUAAAAAACCAACUAAUAUUUUUAUUGUGUAAAAUAAGUAAAUCAUAUGAAUGUUUUGUUUGAUGUGUUCAUAUUUAGUCAUUUUGUAUUUUUAAUAAUAUUAUUUUAAUAGAAACAAUUAUAUAUUAUCUAAUAUAAUUUAUUGUAAAUAAGCUCAAUUAUGCUAUUCAUCUAAAUAUUUGUAUAUUUGUGUGUUGUUUUAUUUUAUUCCGAAAGUUCGUAGUACUUGUAAACUAAUCAGUAUUAACGCUGAACCUAUGUGUAUGUAUGUGACUUUCAAUUAGUUAAUAGCUUUUUUAUAUAGAAAUAAUAUUGUACAUUUUUUAUACUUAUGUUAAUAAAAUAUUGUGUUUAAAUUAA